AUGUCAGCUAAUGGGAAUGGUGGGUUCUAUGCACCGCUGAAACAAAUACUGUCCGACUCUGAAUCGGAGGAUGAUAAGCUUGAAAAUGCAAUGCAUAUUAAAGCAACGGACAGUUGCAACAAUCUGGACUUCAAUAGUGGCCUGCAAUCUUCAAAGAACUACAGUAUAAGCGACAUGGACGAGUUUAACACCAACGUGAAUACAGUGGAAAGCACAAUGGACAACGUAAGCUUCUUGCAAUCCGACAUAUCCACCAAGAUGACUUUCCCGCGCCGGUGCGCAUUCAUCGCUUCCAUACUCAUGUGCGUAUUCACCGUCGUGAUAUUCCUGUGGGGCAUUCCUUGUUCAGAGGUCGGCAGCUGCGCCGCUAACGAAUGGCAAGACAAAACUACCAGCUGGGAGUUGCCAUACAAUGAAAUGGAACUGUCAGGAGCCGUACAGGUGGUCGACGGAGCAAUUCCAAACACAAAGAACUUGAUAUUCAUAUACCGAGGCAAUCACAUGAGAUUAGAACCUAAAAGCAGCAGUGAGAAUGUUAAUGGUGUAGUCCUCAUUGUUGGCAAUUCUGGCAAAGUUGGCUGGUUUACAAGGGAAAGUAGAAUACCUACUGAUAUAAAUUGUCACCUUCUUGAUGUUAACAGGGACAAACAAAAGGACUGCAUUGUGUCAGGCACAGAGGGAUUGCUCGCUGCUCUAGACUCAGUGUCUGGAACUUAUUACUGGCACAUUCACAAGCAAGGAAAAGAUCUGAGCAAAAUAAUUGCCCUAGACUUCCCUGUUAUGGUAAAAGAUAUGAAUGAUGAUAAAGUAAAUGAUUUGUUGACUGUAGCCACAGUAUACCCCAAUGCUAACCACAACUCUCUUUUGAUGAUUUCUGGUGCAACAGGCAUGAUCAUGGCUGAGCCAAUUCCUAUUGAUGAUUGUUUGUCCGUGAAACUUCUAGCUGAGAUGGAUACAGUCACAUACAUCUGUAAGAAUGGCACCACUGAGGCUGUGAGGUUGAUAUCUUUUUCAGUGUUAAAGAAAAUGCUCAAGAAGGACCAGCCUAUCAACCAUACACAACCUCCUCCAACAGUCCUAAAAAGAGUCAAUAUAAGCAUGAAAAAGAACAUUGGAAAUACUAUAGAGACAUUUACAAAUGGUCCAGGUAAAUUGAAAGUAGAAAAUUCAGGCGAAUGUCCAAAUUCUUGCAGAGUCUACUUGAAACUUAUGUUGGAAAGGAAUGGUACAACUAAUUGGAACAGUGCACACCUGGCAAAGGGUGCACUGAAAAUUGAUGAAGUCAGAUACAAUGUUCAAAAUCAAAGCCCUAAAAACAUUAAUGACAUGUUCUAUCGAUCAAAUAUAGAUGUUGCAUCAAUAUCAGCUUUCAUUAAAUACACUAACUUCACUGUCCACGAUAUUUCUGAGAGGAUUGUUUUGGUACUAUUUGACAAGCAGCAAACCCACAAUGUUAAUAUCAGUCAGACAGAUAUAGUGCAGAUAUGUGUACGAGGGCCUAUUGAGAGCAAGACCCCGCUGCCUCUGUGCCAGCCUGACUUGGAGUACCAGGAGAAGUCUUUGAUGAUAGCAGACUUGGAUGGAGAUCAGUCCCAUGAACUAAUAUCAUAUUACAGUACCUUUGUAGCUCCAGAAUAUACACCAAAGAAUUCAAAUCCAUAUGAUAACUGGAGUCUUACAUCCUUAGUGAGGGUGAUUCGUUUAGAAUCAGAAUUACCUAAACUGUUUGUUACUGAUGUUUAA